CCGAAGACAUUAAGCUGACAGUUUUUCCCUUAAAAGAAUAUCACGAUCAAGGGUCAGAUGUCAUUCUAACAUGCUCAGUGGUCUCCAGACCUCCUGCCCAGUUUCUGUGGUACCUGAAUGGGAAUCCAUCAGUCCACAACACACCUGAGCUCAGACUGAUGAACGUUCAGUUGAGUCAGCGCGGGAACUACACCUGUGAGGCCUUCAACAACAGAACCAUGAAAACCCAAACAUCUCAACCUGUGGUUUUAACAAUUCUGAAAUCGAACGUUUCCAACGCAGUCAUCACUCCCAAUGCGACAGACUUGUCGGAGUUCGGCAGCGUUAGUUUCACCUGUUCCUCCUCUGGAUCCUCGCGUUCCUUCCGCUGGAUCAACCGAACCUCCGAGAUCACGGCCGGUGACAGAGUCCAGCUGAUGGACGAUGGCUCCCGGCUUGUUAUCAUCAAUGUGAGCCGAUAUGACGCUGGACCGUUUCUGUGCCACGUCUUCAAUAAUUUCAGUAACUCCACCAGUGAUGCGGUGAAACUUUCCAUCAACUGU